CUUAGCCAUGGCCGCCGCGACCCACACACUCCCAGUCACCCUCCCUACCCUCGACCGUCUCGGUGUCAAGGCCGUCCCGACGGACGUCGACGCCGAGAAGGUCGCUGGGCUCUGGCUCGAGCAGCUCGCUCAGCACAUCACCAACGACAACAUCGAUGGCGCCCUCUCGCUCUUCGCGCCCGACGCCUGGUGGCGCGACAUGCUCGCGCUCACCUGGGAGUUCCGCACCUUCCACGGCGCGGCGAAGAUCCGCAAGCUGCUGCAGGACCGCCUCGCGCCCUCGCAGCUCUCGAACUUCAAGCUCGCGUCCGCGCAGCUCGAGGCGCCGUACCCGGACCUCGCGUGGAUCCUCGGCGAGUUCACGUUCGAGUCCGCGGUCGGCGCGUGCAGCGGCAUCUUCCGCCUCGUGCCGACCGCGGACGGCCGCUGGCUCGGGUUCACGUUCUACACGAACCUCGAGGACCUGAAAGGGUUCGAGGAGCGGGUCGGCCCGCGCCGCAACUUCCUGCCGAACCACGGGAAGUGGCUGGACGAGCGUACCCACGAGCGCGCGUUCGAGGACAGUGACCCGACUGUGCUCAUCGUGGGCGGCGGGCAGAGCGGCCUGGACGUCGCGGUGCGGAUGAAGCUCAUGGGCAUCCCGGCGCUGGUCAUCGAGAAGAACGAGCGGAUCGGCGACCAAUGGCGGUACCGCUACCAGGCGCUCUGCUUGCACGAUCCUGUCUGGUAUGACCACAUGCCUUACAUGCCAUUCCCGCCGUCAUGGCCCGUCUACACCCCCGCGCACAAGCUUGCAGGGUGGCUCGAGUACUACGCAGAGGCGAUGGAACUGAACGUCUGGACGUCGACGACGGUGACCAAGGCCGAGCAGGACGCGAACGACGAAUGGAACGUGACUGUCGAGAAGAAGGACGGCUCGACGCGCGUCUUCCACGUCAAGCACCUGGUGUUCUCGAUCGGCUUGGGCGGGAACAACCCAAACUUUCCCAAGUUCCCGGGCCAGGAGGAGUAUCAGGGCGAGAUCUUGCACUCCAUCCACCACAACUCCGCGAAGGACCACGUCGGUAAGAAGGUGCUCAUCGUCGGCGCGUGUACCUCAGCACAUGAUAUCGCUGCAGACUACGUCGAGCACGGCGUCGACGUGACAAUGUACCAACGCGAGAGCACGUACAUUAUGACGACCAAGGAGGGUAUGCCGCGAACACUUAAAACCUGGUGGGGAGGCUCGAACCCAGACCUUGGCGAUCGUAUUGACGCGUCGAUGCCCAUCUACAUCAACGAGGAGAUCUCCAAGAGGACGACGCAAGAGAUCGCAGAUGCGGACAAGGAGCUCCUCGAGGGUCUCAAGAAGGCUGGCUUCAAGUUGAACUUCGGACACGAUGGCGCCGGCUUCCUCUCGCACACACGUCGCCGCGGCGGUGGUUACUACCUUGACGUCGGCGCAUCGCAGAUGGUCAUCGACGGCAAGAUAAAGCUCAAAAAUGACAGCAAGAUCAAGCAGUUUACGAAGACUGGGUUCGAAUUUGAGGACGGCAGCAAGCUAGACGCCGAUGUCAUCGUCUUCGCUACUGGCUUCGCGGGCCCCCAACCUAUCAUCAGUAGCAUAUGCGGGGACGACGUCGUGAAGCGCCUCAAGCCCAUCUGGGGCCUCACGCCCGAGGGCGAGUUCCAGACGGUCUGGCGCGACACGGGCGUGCCGAACUUCUGGAUCAUGAUGGGCAACCUUGCCUGGUGCCGCUUCCACUCAAAGCAUCUUGCCCUCCAGAUCAAAGCGAUAGAGGAGGGCCUGCUCCGGAACGAGGAGCGCUAUGUGUAAGGCUUGGCUUAGAGGCCCGCGGUCUAGAACGCGCAUCUGUAUUAUCAACGGACUUAAAAGAGAAGGAACCUGUACUACAUAUCUCCAAGCGUCAAUCUCACCCUGAAUUACAAC